UGGACUGGCGUUUUUGGCAUAGGAUUAUUAUACCAAGAAUUUCCCCUCCAAAUAGAUACUGGCUCAUCGACUUCAUGGAUAGUUUCCUCUCGAUGUAACAAGGAUACUUGCACGGCCGUGAAAAGACUCGAUACGUCCAGUUUACCUUCGGCAAAAGUAGACGGAUCCACUUCUAUUGAAUUUGGACUUGGGUUAAAGAUAACUGGAAGAGUCGUCAGGGACGUCUUUUCAGUCGGAUAUCUUGUAGUAGAAGACCAAGCUUUCGUUGCAGCCGACGAUGUUACAGCAGCAUUUCCUGGGAGUGGCAUACUUGGACUAGGGUUUGGUGCUAAGUCGCCCAUUCCAGAUAAGCCCAACACGAUAUUCGAAAACAUGGUAGAACAAAAUUUAAUAGCUGAACCUGUCUUUGGCAUCCGUUUAGUGCCUGAAGGUGGAGGAGAAAUCAUGUUUGGUGGCAUUGACAUAUCCGUCAUCAAAGGUACUAUUCAGUAUCUUCCCGUUACUUCGUUACUGGAUUGGGAAAUUCCGGUUAAGGGUAUCAAAGUUGCCGACAAGAUUAUUACACCUCCCGCACAUUUUAAAGUAGACACUGGAACGACAAUAAACGUAAUUCCAGAAAAGUACGCAGAGAUUCUUUUUGCUGAAAUACCCGGAUCAGCGAUUGACAAUGAAACUGGACUACGUACUGUUCCUUGUGACAUUGACGACACGUUUACGACUACUUUCAUUAUUGGAGAUGAAGAAUAUAUCAUGCCGGCCGAGGAUCUUGCAUUUCAGCGUAUAGACGAUACAGACGAUUGCAUUGCAGGCACUCAAGGUGGCGAAAUUGAUACUGAUGAAUGGGUGCUGGGCGAUACAUUUAUCAAGAAUUUCUAUGUAAUAUUUAAAUUGAGGCCCAGAAGAAGCGUAGGAAUAGCUCGACGCACUGAUGUAUGA